AACACAACCUGCCCAGCCAGAUAGACGUACGUUCUCCGUCCGAGAAAGACUUCAGUUUCAGCAUCAAGUACAGAGAGUUCAACGCCGAGAUGUUGCAGGAGCUCGUCUCUCAUUCCCUUAACUGCAGCCAGUACAUCAAGUACGACUGCCAGAGGGCGCCCCUGGAGCUGCAUUCCGCUACUUGGUUCAUAAGUUCGGCAAAUCAGACCGUCGAUUUUAUUGGAGAUGUGAAAAAGGGUACAUGUCCCUGUUCUAUAGGAAAAAAGUGCGAAAAUAAAUCGCAAUGGUGCAACUGCGAAGACAUCGAGGAUGACAAGUGGUACACAGACGACGGGUACUACACAAGCGGAAAUAGUCUGGGCAUCACCGAAAUGGUUUUCAUACAGCAGCGCGACCUUCCCGCGGAUGCCCUGGGAAGGAUAACGCUGGGUCCUUUGGAAUGUGUGGAGACGAAUACACAGCGAUAUGUUGUUACUUUUACGACAAGCCAGUCGUACAUAGAAGUCCCUGGUUGGCGAAAAGGAGAUUUGGCGUUCUCUUUUAGAACAACAGGCAAAAAGGCCAUUCUUUUAUACCAGCCCCCAAUACGACCAAAUUAUCCUAGCUUCAUGGUUGCUUUAACAAGUGACUUUCAGCUGACGUUCAAUUUCACGCUAAACACCGGUGUAUCUAAAGAACUUGUAAUAGAUUCCGGUAGAAAGCUAAACGGAGGCGAAUGGCACAAAGUUUGGAUAGAUUACAAUAAGUACCACGUGAGAUUCAUGAUUAACGAGGACUCCCAAAUGGUUAAUCUAAAACCAGAAGAAGAAUUUGGACCUUUUGAAGGGUCUAUGUUUAUUGGGGGAGCCAUAAGUGACCUCCUUGACCCGAAAUCGUCCGUGCACCAAGGUUUGAUCGGAUGUUUUCGCGGUUUAGUUGUCAACGAAGAAAUCUUGGAUAUUUACAGCUACAUGAGCGUCCACCUGAGUGAAAUAAUCAAAGACUGCAAGCCUUCCUGUGUUCCAAACCCAUGCCAGAACGGAGCUCACUGUAAGGAGCUCUGGAGCAACUUUGAGUGUAUCUGUCCAAAUCGAUGGGCUUACAGCGGAGAACAUUGCGAAACUAAUAUCAACACGAACGCCAUUACUUUCACCCAUCCAGAGUCAUUCUUACGGAGGAACUACUUGACCAACGACACAAGCUUAGAGAAAGGCGUUUUAAAGAAAAUGUUCCAAGAGCAGAUAUUGGUGAACCUCCGCACGUACGAAAACGUGGCUCUGAUAUUUUACGCAAACGACCAUUUGAACAAUUUCGUUCACCUGUACAUCGAAAAUGGAACGCAAGUUGUGUUUUUGUUCAACUACGACAAUGAGAUUCAUAACGUUACCGUGAAUUAUUCAGAACUGAACACAAGCAAAUCGAUUCAAAUAGCUAUAGAGCGCGACGAAAAUAAAACAACUUUGCACGUGAACGACCAAAAUAACACCAUCGCUGCCGGUGUGAAACUUAUACAGGAAUACUCCAAUAAACCUUGGAUAAACCCUGAAAGAGAGGUGUUUGCACCACAAAGACCUCCGGCUCCUCCCACGGAAUAUUUCCAACUCAAUCUGGGCGGUUUUGACCCUGAAACUUUAUUAAAGGUCUCUGAAUACCCACCGAAAUUACCAGGAUACGUAGGUUGCCUAAGAGGACUUAAAAUCGGCGAUACCCUAAUGGAUUUACCGUCCAAGGUCAACGAAACAGAUGACAAAGGUGGAUUUAUUGCCUUUAACUUUAAUUUUUCUCUUCCAACUGUUUAUAUUUUAGGAGUUAUUGCCCACUGCAACAUGAAAUGCGACGAGGUUCCGUGCAAGCACGAGGGUAUCUGUAUUGAAGACUUUCGAAACCAAGAGCAUACAUGCGAUUGCGAACACACUAGCUACUACGGGGAGUUCUGUUCCGAAGAGAAAGGAGCCGAAUUUAAUGGAGAAUCAAUACUGUGGAGAGAGUAUGUUCUAAAUGGAUCUGUAGACCACGUUAAGUUCCAGCUAGCGUUUUCCACAGUUGACGUCAGGCAGAAGAAUACUAUAUUGUUGCUACUUCAGACGGAAAACAAUCGGAGUUACUAUCUACUAGUGGGCUUAAGUCUGGAAGGAUAUCUUACAGUUCAGGAAGAUAGAGAAGGUGCUGUGUUUUCAGCGACUGUUAAUAAAAAGAAUUUUAUCAAUGGUGCUAGGCACUCCGUCUACUACAAAAGAGAUGCUAACGAUUUCGAACUGUACAUUGAUAGGGAGUUGACACCAAUGAAACAAAUCCCAGCUCAAAAAUUUACCCACAUCCCCGAAUUGGGCGCUAAUGAAGUCCAUAUUGGUGGACAUGACACUAAUGAUCCCAGGUUUGCCAUUUACAAGAGAUAUAGUGGAUGUCUGUCAAAUAUUUUCAUUGAAGUAAAUGAACACACUAUGAAGCCAUUAGAAGAAUACAUGCUUUUUACGAGUAAUGGAGCUGAAAAAGUCAACGUAUCCAAUCAGCAUGGAGUCAGAAGUGCACAGUGUAGUGCAGACUUUGAUGUUAUCCACGAAAAAACUCCACUAACCACGAAUCUCAAUAUAAGUCAGGGUGCUGAUAAAACAUGGGUACAAGAUGCACCUCAGCGCAAACCAUACCACUCAAUAUACUCCACAACUACCGAAGAAGAAGAUGGCAAAGAGCAGCUUAUCGUCAUAAUUCUGGCAUCAUUUUUCCUGUUGGUUAUAAUCAUUUUUGGCUACCACAUCUACAUAACUGACAAAAGGUAUAAAGAGAGAAAGGAAUUUGAGACUGACGCUAGUAUAAUACUUUCCAAGCAGCAGGCAGCAAUACUUCAGGAAAAUAGUAAACCCCCCAGUGACACGGAUGAAGUGAAACCACUUACGCAAAAUGGUAAACUACCAAAUGCAAAUGGUAAUGGUACCACUGCAAACGGUAAAAAUAAACAUGAACCCAUCGUUGAAAAAGCUGUUGUUGAAGUUACACCGAUUCCAGAAGAAGUUCCACUGAAACCAUUGAAGGCAGACAGUAAACGAGAGAAACAGAGAAGAAUAAGUUUCAGAGACAGUGCCAGCGAAUUGGCCUGGGACAAUCCUGAAGAAGCUUCCGACCUCUUAAGCCCUAUGCCUGAAGAGGACGAAGAUGAAGAAUCCGAAGAAGAAUUGAGUCUAAAACCUGCUAUACCAGUACCAUUAACACCAUCGGCACGACGUCUAAGGAGCCCACCACCACAUAGCAACCCAUUGGCAACUCAACUGCCUUAUAUGAUAGAUGAGAUGGGGGCUUAAAUUAAUCAACAGUCAUAACAAAAUCAUUAUUUUCAUUCACGUUGGGUAAUGGUUCAUUUUGGAUGAUUUUAUCAAAUAAUCAAACAAAAAUAUUGAUAGAUGUAGACAGACAUUCACAAAUUUCAGGAAAAAAUCUUAUGGAAGUUCAUGAUGAAACAGAAAAAUUGGUAAAAUCAUUCUCAGUUGUAAUUUGGAGUUUCCAAAAUUUAAUAUCUGUGGUUGUCAGUUAUCUGUGGUGUAGGAUUAUUUGUUGAGAGUGGAUAUUAUAUUUCUUGUCAACUAAUGACUGAUGUUGGUUAAAAAUUAUAAAAGUAUUUAAUAAACAUAAUCAUAUUUUUGUUUUAUUUUUAACAGGUUCGAUGAUCGUCAUGUCAGAAUUUUAGUUCUCUUAUUUCGUUUAAUUAUCAAAUAAUAUGUUUUUCUUGCAAAAGGUAUCAUCAAGCUUGUGAAACAUCGAUGUAAAUACAAAAUAAAAACAAUGGCAUUUUGCUAAACUAGAUAUUCGUAUAGUGCAAGCAGUAGAACUAAUAUGUUUGUAAUAUUUGUCUGUACCAAAUAUGUAUCAUCCUCAUAGAAUAACCUUUUGUUCAUGUGGCAUGUUAAAUUGGGUGGUGUUUUUUAAUUAACAAAAUGUAACCAUUCAAAUCAAAGAAUUCGUGAAUUGUCAUUGUACAGACCCUGCAUCAAACACACAGCUUAAUCAGAAAUAUCAAACACAUUAUUCUUAAAAAGAAACAUUAAAAGUAAUCCCUUUAGGCUUCUGUACAUUACUAGCGAUUUUUCCAUUAUUGAAACUUUCAAGUAAACAGCUUUAAAUUUGAAAGCUGUUUCGUGUUUGUAUGUUGCUUUUUCGCUUUCAUUUCUCCCGUAGAGUCGAAAUGAGGUACUUGUAAUUGGAGUUUCAUUGGGGAAGACGAAGAGGUUGCCGAGCAGCUAAGGAAGGAGGGAUUGAAGGGGACAUUUUUGCUCUUUGUUAAAAACUAUCUGACUAGGAGCAAGGUGCGUCAUCCAUAUUUCACGUUGCUUGCGCCUCACAUUUUUUCUGAGGGUUUGGACCGUCAUAGUAAAAUUUCCCAUUGACAGUUUCACAAUGAGUGCAAUGAACUUUUUAGCCUGAAAUGUGGAUGAACAAUAAGUAGAUAUUGCAUUAUGACAAUAAUAAUUCUUCUUUCCUUAUCGUGUAUUUCAUUGACUCUAUCGGUGAAACCAAAGAGAAAACACCGCUGACAGCAGGCCUAAGGGAAUUAAGACUUAUGAUAUCAAUAAUUGUUUUAUAUGCAUAUUUUUGGAACUUUGGCAAAAAACUUAUUUUAAAAAUUAAAUCGCUUUUUAACCUUCCGUCAAAUAAAUAGACAUAUCGUACUUUAUUGCUGCAUCAAUUACAAAUUAUCGAUAAUAUAUUCAGAAAUAACUAAAUUUUCGGGGAGCAUUUUAUAAAAAAAGAAACAAAACAUUCAGCAAUUCAUUAAAAUUAAGAUACAAACUUGAUUAAUACUGAAAAUCCUCC